GCUCAGCCGCUCAACCUUGGAACCGUCACGUUCCAUUUCGCUGCACUGGUUUCAGUGCUAACACUUGAUGCGACUGACAUCGGCAUCAUCCGGGACAAAUACGUGCCUGACACGAAUGAGGAACCCAAUGAGGAUGUGACUCGAAUCCUGCAAGCACUGCAGGCUGUUCCCACGGAGUUAGCGAAGGAGCAGAUGUCCAAGCUGGAUGGCAAGAGCUUUCAAAGGCUUGUGUCAGCUUGGCGUUACAACUCCUUUGGACAUCAUAAAGAGGAUGGCUUGGUGCUUUACAACCGAAUUUCCAUGUGUGCACAUUCUUGUGAUCCGACUUGUUGCUGGUCCUAUGGAGACGAAGAUGCAUUUGUACUUCGCAGCCGAAUGGCUUUGGACAAGGGCGACGAGCUCACGAUCUCCUACCUGCAGGACGAGGACCUCCUCAAAAGCACCGCUGUUAGACAGCAGAAGCUCCAGAAUUGGAAGUUUCUCUGCAUGUGCCCGCGCUGCUCCCUCAAGACCGACGUUGGCCGUGGCAUACGUUGUCAACGUUGCCGAGUUGGGGUUCUGUACCCGCAGGUGCAGGCGUCCAACACGAGCUUCGAGACCUGCAGGGUUUGUGGCAGCUCUCCUCCAGCAGAGGAUAUCUCUAUGCUCCUGCACAUGGAAGAAGAGUAUGUUCAGAGAGUGGACUGUUUGGACAAGAAAGACCUGGAAGACGUGCAGCAAGUAUACCAGGCUGCUCUCGACAUCUUUGAGAACCAUUGGAUUCUCUAUGUGAUGGAUACCAUCCUUUGGGAAGGCCACCGCCAAAAGAAUGUCAUGGAUGCCAUGGAACAUCAGCGCCGCCGGAUUGACUUCCACCAGCACUACUACUUCAGGCCGACCUUCAUUCUGGCAUGGUGCCAUGAGGAGCUGGGUGAUUGCAUGAUUGCGCAGUUCCCGGCACGAAAAUGGCACAUCACGCAGGACUUUGACGAGGAGGAUUGGAUGGGAGUCUUCAAGCUCUCUGUGAUGGUGGUCUUCACUGAUGGGGGCAUCUACGCUCGCUUGCCGGGUACGUCCGUCCUGAUUUGGCUGGGAUUUCUGGCGCUAGAACUCACUAUUUCGAGGAUUUGCUCUGACCUUCAGAAGGUGCCUGUGAAGAAAGAACAGACUGACACAGAGGACAAGGCAACUGUUUUCAAACAGUGCGCAUCCCCCAGUGAAAGCUCCAACGGCGAUCAGAUAGAUGUUGCUUCCAACGAUUCUUCCCAGUCCCGAUCCGAUGAAACAUUUCCCAGACGAAGGUUGCUUUCGCGCCUCCAAAUGAGUGCAAAUGAAGGGAUAGGCGGUCAUGAAAGCUAUGAAGGCAAAGGCUCCCUUUCCAGCUCCCAAACGGGGGAGGCACCGUGUGCAGAGGUCAAGAAGGUGUGGGCUUACCGAUGCAACUACGAUCCGUGGCAUAAGUUCCUUCAGCCGCACGACUGCCACAUUUACGACAAUUUGGAUGUGACGCGAGCGAACUAUGUCGUCCAGAGAGAGGUCAAGCAUUGCAAUGUCGACCGCAAAAAGAAAAAGACCGUAAUCAACGGCAAGGCACAGUGGGUGAAGCCGCACUACACAAUGGUUUUCACCCGCAAGCUUCCCGGAUGGCAAGGUGCUAAAGGUAUCCAGCUUCUAGCCCGCAUGGUGCGAGCAGCCCAAUUCAUCUAUUGGUUGCGGGCUUGCUCGCAGUCUCGCAGCCCCGCUCCGGGCGAGCUGCUCUCCAGCAGAACCAAAGGCCUGGACGUGGCGAAUGGCCACAUCCAGAGCACUUCUGGGCCGUCUCAGUCGCUCCCAAGCGAGGCAAGGCUGGCCCAUGAACCCGAGAAGUCCUCACCUGGUGCGCGGCCGAGCGAGGAGGAUGUGGGCGAGCUGCCCUGGUUUCAAGCCAUGAAGGCCAACCUUGAGGAAUUUGGGGACGUGGAGGUUUUCUUGGACCAGACGCCGCAGGAGUGCAUGCUGUGCGGUCAGCCGAUAGAAGCCGCUUAUCGCGUGCGGCCUCGGAAGUGUGGCCACGUAUUCCACGUGGAGUGUUUGCUCCACUGCUGGAGCGAAGGUGCGUGCCCCGUUUGCGGCGUGUCCUUCGCCCCCGAGGCCGCAGUUGGCUCGCCUCCGAAGACAGCCUGGACAUGA